AGUGUACAUAUUCUAUCACUAUUUUAUUUUAUGUGGAAAAAUCGCGUGAAGCAGAUAAAUCCGUAAUAAUUUGCUUGAUAUACAAUUAUAAUACGUGUUCACCUCAUCAAUGGACGAAGUUGACAAAAUUAUUGUUCAUACAUUGAAUCAAAUUGGAUGUCAAAUCGAUGAUAAUUCUACAAUGGCGGAAUUUACACCAAGCCUCUUGGUCCACACAAUAUCCAAAUGCAUACAAAAAAUCCAACCAUUGUCGGCCAACAUUCCACAUGCACUGCCUGAAGGAUUACCAAUGGCGCAGAGAUUCUCUAUAGCUACCACGUUGUCGUCCUUUAUCUCCAACCUUAACUACCGCGGUGAUAUUGGAUAUCAGACUUUCUUAUACCCGAACGAAGUAGAUGUUCGUAAACUGUUAAUGUUUCUUAUAGAAAAGCUUCCACGUGAUGAAGUAACAUCAACAGGCGAAGAUGGGAGUUUGUCUGGGGAUUUGGAAAUAUGGCGGAGAAAUAUCAAAGAAACAAUGAUACAGCAAUUGCACAAACCUUGGAUUCCCGCUUAUAGUAGAAAUCUUGCUUUAGGUCGCAGUUUUGGUUGUAGUAGUAAAAUAACAUCUUUUAAACCACAUCACAACUUAAAUUUUUUUUUUGUAAAGACAACACCUGAGCAAAGUGGACAUUGUCCGCAACACAAAACAAUAAACGUUUUCCAACAAACGGCACCCAAAAAAUUCGACCUGAUAAGUUCUGUUAUACAUCAAAACUCGUUUGAUUUAUAUGUUGGCAACGAAACUUCCAAGGGAGACCAUCUAAAGUGUUCGGCUAAAGAGAAUUAUCUAAAUGUGAUAGAUUCAACUAAAUUUGAAAGUUCUGUUUUAGCUGACAUAGGGGACACAUCGCCUCUUAGUAAACUUACGGAGGAGGUUAAUAAUUUUAAAAGUCAAAACGUCGACCUUUUAACUACAAAAAAAACAUUAAUAAAUGAUAUAAACACGGUAAAAAAUCGACAGGCAAAAGUUCAAAAAGAAUUGGAAAAUAUCCGCCCAAUCGUUAAAAUGCAUGAGCGUGCUUGCCUUGUUCUAGACAAUCCUAAAGAAAAUGCUGCUAAAUUGGAAAUUCUUAUACGAAGCACUCUAGAGCGGCGUAAAAACUUAGAUGAACAGUGGCGUGAAUACCGCCAACCAAUGUUAGAUACGCUUGAAAGUCUGAGAUCUUCGAAGCAAUUACACAGUAUCCGGAAUAUUAAAGAAUUUCGGGAGGCAAUUGCACAAUUGCAGGGCGUGUUAGAAGAAAAGAAUAUAAAACAUAACGAGCUUAGUACAGAACUUAGAGCAACUAAAAAUGAUCGAACAGCGCCACGCAAGGAAUAUAUUCAAAGAAUACUAGAGUUUAUAUCCAAUAUACGGAAACAGCGCAGUGACAUUUACAAAGUUCUUGACGAUACUCGGGAUUUGCAAAAACAGCUUAAUUCUAUAUCUGCACAAUUACAACGACAAUUUUGUUAUACAGAUGAUCUACUUUUUCAGACGGCUAAAGAUGACAUGCAUUCAAAGAUAGCAUACAAACUUCUAGCCACGUUACACACUUCUUGCAAUGAACUUGUCGACCUCGUUACAAAGACGGGAAAUGUUACUAAUACAACUCGAGAAAUAGAGGUACAAAUUGACCGUGAAAAAAUGAAGAAUGUAAAUGCGAGUCUGCAACAAAUAACGACAGACAUACAAAAUUUUGAUAAUAUUAUUCAUAAUAUUCAGACAGAAAUUCGGGCGAUAGAAAAUAAAAUUUCAAAUGCUUGAAUUGUUGCGUAAAAACUAUCGUAAGGGAAUACCUAUCUCAAAGCAAGCCUAGAAUCAAAAUAAAAAUAUACAUCUCAAGGGCACAGUUCUUUGAAACUAAUUCAAAAUACAUCAAUAUUACCAUGUCUGAAGCUAUUCUCGUUCUGAUUAAUCUCUUGCCUUGGGUAAGGUAUACUUAUAUAAAUAUAUGUAUAUAGGAUAUGCAUCGUUAAUUAAUAAAACAAUGGAAUAAGAUGUUACCAAAGUCGAUCACAUAUAUAAUAAGAAUCGAUUUGGAUGUUGUAUUUAUUCAAAAAUUUAAAUGAUCAAAUACAGUUUACAAUUAUAAGUUUACUGUAUAGGUAGAAGUGCAUAUACAUACAUAUGUAUACCUGCAAUAGUACUACUCUUAAUGAAUACUCAAAUUAAAACUUAUAUGAUUCCAGAUUCAAUAGCGAUUUUACCACGUUAUGCACUAAACGCUCUUAACAAUUUCAAGAAUUAAUACCUAUAUUUUGUUUCAUUUUUAUGUGCCCUAUGUACAUACCUUUAUGUACAACUGAAAAAUAAAAGACUCCUAAUAAUUACACUUUAAUUUUAAAUUAUAGGCCAAAUUGUUAUAUAAAAUGCUUGUAUUAAAUUUUAUAAUUCAAAAUAAUAAAGAAAUUAUUGCGCUAUAAAAAACAUUAAAAACUCGCUUAAAAAUGACCAAUCUCCAAAUACUUUUUGAAAUUUUCGUAACAUUCUGCCGAUAUCCACUGUUCGACUAUGGUAUCGAAUUCUUCGUCCAAAGUAUUAUUGAUUAUUUCGAAAUGAUUGUCAAUAACAGUUUUCUUCAUACAUCGAUAUGACUGCAAUAAAAGAAAAAUUAAAAUAUA